CAUGUCUCCCCCUCCAAAAUAAAAAAGCGUUCAGCAUGGUUGUGUGCAAAAUUCAUCGCCAAAAACUGCGAGCAACGAGAGCUGCUUCACUGGUUCACUAUAGUUUAAUGUUGUUUUUAUGUAGGCUUUAACGCUUCCUCACCCGCAUUUCCACGGUCUUGCGUUAAUCCUCCUCCAACAUCAUCAUCAUCAUCAUUGUUCGGGACCCGCUCGAUCGUUCGUUCGUUCGGUCGCAUCGGUCGGUCGUUCGUUCGGUAUGCUCGCGAUGGAUAAAACACACAUUUCGCAGCAUCGAACGGUUCAGUUCAGGUUUGGUCGCGCUUCCUAUCUGAAGGGUGUUCCGCUUUUUCACCGUGCGCAUGAACUCCGUGUGUUCGUGUUGCAGUGUUGUAUUUUGCUUUCGCUUAAGGGCCAACGUAUCGUCGAUAGCAAGGCUGUAAUCGAACGAUCCCGAGCAGAGUGAGCGAACUGUGCAGUGUGUGUGAGCAGUGAGAAGUGAGCAGUGAGUACGAGAAGGAUGUCGUAGGAAAAGGAAUAUAAAUGCGAUCGCUUUAGCGAACGGUCACGGUUGGCCGUACAAAAUCCCUCGAGUCUGUGUGUGUGUUAGUGUGUGUGAAACAGUGCGUGAAGUUGCUGCAAAAAGCAGGAAGUUUGUUUUUUACCGGCAAAGUAAAGAAUUUUUUACAACGAAAACAAAACAACAAACCAUAUUGGUGUGGUUGUGUGAUUUUUUUUUUUGUGUUUUAUUUUGCAAGAGUUAACGGUGCGUAACGCACAACGGUAACGGACGGUUUCCUUUGCCACGCGCGAAAGUCCGACGGUGCGGAGUUUUGCGCGCCAGUAUUUUCCCCCUGGGGGGUGGGAAAUUUUGCAACGCCCCCUCCUCACCCACACCCCUUCGUAGGACCAUCCACCGGCCCGAUCUUUGUCCGAUUUGGCCGCGCCAGGACAUUACCAAUGCUGCGCCAGCAACGGACGCCAUCGUACAGAGGAGAAACCUGAUAGGGCGUCGUCGGACACUAAGAUGCUCGCGCUUGCCGCUUUGCUAGCCGUACACGCAGGACUCGCUGGUUCAAUACCUACCGCACCGGAAAACAUUACCGUCACCUUCCUAACGCCCACAUCGGUACGAGUCUCAUGGCAAACCUCGAUGGAUCCACACACGAUGCCGGUGGACAAAUACGAUGUCACGUACAAGCCGACCGACGCCAGUUACAGGGUUGUGGUAGUGGUGGCCGGUAACCGGGACGCGGUAACGCUCGGAGGACUGACACCGGACACACAGUACCAGCUGACGGUCGCUGCCGUCUGGAACGGGAAGAAAUAUCGCAGCCGGCCGAUCGUAUUCAGAACGCUGGAGCCACCAAGGACUUCGUACCAGCAGGACUCCGGUUCGCUGGUAGGUAGCAGUGGUCCACCGAACUCACCGCAUGCCGAUACAGCGCCCUCGCUAAGCGGCAUCGGGAUCUUCAACGACGAGUUCGGCAAUAUAUCAGUUAACUCAACGUCCCGCGAACUUCCAACGAUCCGUGGUGUAGAAAUCGGUAUUGUAGUGUUAGUGUUAAUAGUCUGGGCUGGUGCUAUAGCUUUAUUUUUUAAUCGAUGGGGUAAGAUACGAAUGUUGCUUCCAUAUCAACCGGACUACAAGCAGGAACAGCUGAAAGUUCCUGGUACUGGUGUCUGUGCCAAUGGUACCUGCAACGGACAACAUUCCCAUCAGCCUUACCAUCCGUGGCCGGAGGAGCCUUCCUCGGUGAUCUCGGAACGUUGCACACGGGCCCGUAUCAACUCGGCCAUCUUCGUAUCGUCCGAGGGCAAAGGGUUCGAUUCGAUCGAGUUCAUCCGACGGUACGGCUCCCAGAGUGUCCUCUGUCGAAAGGCCAAGAGUGCCGAGAACGUGUCGGCCUCCGAGCGACAGCGACGCUUCUCCGAGUAUCCGGAGUGGGAAACGGAGGACAGUACGACGGGCAACGGGACGUCCGCACAUUCGGCCAGUAAUACGAGGCGGAAAAAAUCGCUGCGGCAGGAUUCCAUCGAGCUGGUAGAAUGCCACAAGGAACCGGCGGCGGUAACGGUACCAGUCCCCGUACCGUUACCCACCGUUACGCCCGGUGCCGUACCGGUGGUAGCCGGUACCACGGCAACACUCGUCACGGUUGGUGUACCGAUCGCGAUCGGCAGCAAAACGGUAGCGUCCGCUACUGCAGUCACCGCUGCCAGCGUCGCUACAGCAGGGAUCGUCAAGCCGACACCGAAGCUGUCCAACCUGCCGACACUCUCGGUGUCCGGACCGUCGCCACCGCACGAGGAAGAAUUCCUAUUAUAAAAAAGAAAAAAAAACAUUAGUGUAAACGAAUUAGUAGACAUUUUUUGUUUUUGUUGUUUUUUUGAGCAGAUAAGAUUUCACAGGUGUGAUAGCAAAAAAAAAAGAAUGCGAGAGUUUAACAAAACACGAUGUUGUAAGGGACCGUUUAGUAAUAUCUAUAGAUACUUAGCCUACAUAACGAAAGGGUUUAUACACUAUGAUUAGAGUGUAGAACGAUUUGAUAGAUUAGUUUUUCUUUAUUUUUAAAGCAGCGUAGGAAAGGAAAACGUGGAAAAUGUACGACCAAUAUCGGAAUGGAAAUAUCUCUUAUGUAGUAAACUAUUUAUAACCGGCUGAAUCAAAAAACCAAGAUGGCCACUUUGGCUAGUAAAUAUCGCACCAGCGGGUGCGAUUAGUUACCAGCAUGAUGCUUUUGAAACCUCGAACCGAUGUGUGUGUGAUGAGUUUUCCAUUGGUUUCCUAGACAACCUCACAACCGAAUGAGCUUUAAUGUGAUCGUUACGUACCAAAACUUACUAAAACUUGCUAGCGCAUGCCACUAGGAGUGCUGCAUCGUCAUCCUCAUCAAUACAGCCUGUGGCUGUGACCAUAAUCACAACGACCAAAUGUACCAAAAACCCAUUUUUACUAGAUGACAUGUGUGUGUCACCUUAUCAAAUGGAAAUGGAAAAAUUACUUUUUAACAUUAGUAAACCUCUCGGUUCUGGUAGCGAUAAAUCGUGUGCCAUUCGUUUAGUGUUCGCACAUGGCACGCCAAAAAAUGUGAAACAAUUUUAAAAUUCCGAACAAUAGUAUACUUUUACUUUGUACAUGUUUAUACUCUUUAUUCGGAGAGUGCAAACGAUUUUCAUACGAUUCGAAUUUAAUGUAAAAUGUUCACCCAAUCGAACUGAUUACAGCGAAGUAGAGAAACAGUUAGGGAAGCGAACGGACUCCGUUUUCGCUUCGAAAAGACCAAAGCACGAGCGUAAAAAAAGAAAGUGUGUUUGUGAUGUGUGAAUAUAGCUUAAGUAAUGAGCAAUUUUAUAAGUAUAUGAAUGUUUUGGUGCAAAUUUUCCACGUUCCAAAAUGAUUGUGCAUACCAGCAGCUAUUCUUAAGGAGUGUUCUUCGUACAUUCACUUCAGUUCACGCGAACAAUUGAAGUGUAGAUCGCAGAAACAUCUUCAACUAGGGAAAACUAUCUAGAAUAAGAAAAAAAAUCCGUUUUUAUUUUCCUACAAAACCGAUUGUGUCGAUUUCGAGUUGCAGAACUAAUGUUACAACAACAAAAACAAAACGAAUCCUUUCUUUAAAUAAUAAAAGUUUGCCAACAUACAUGGAAAUAAAAGCUUUCACUGAACUGCUGCGAAUACAAGCUUAAAAGGUGGAAAAGUGUAUUGUGUUAAACGAUUUUUUUUUCUCACUAAACCAUCCCGUAUAUGUAAUAAAUAGGGAACAAGCAAUUUUCACACCCUACCCCACCCCCCAAAAAAAAGGGAAACAUUCGUAAACCCUUUUUCAAGUGUUAUUUCACAAAAAGAUAAAUUACACUUUAAAGGAUGGUGCACUCGUACAGAAGCUCAUAAAAGCGUAGAAACUCCACUAGAAAUCUCCACUAGGAAAUGGGGGUCAUAGUGAUAAAUCACGUCAAGUGCCCACCUAGUGCGUCCCCCCGACACGGGCAAUCAUCGAUUCUAAUGUACAAUAUAUUGCCCCAAAGUGUAUCGUUACGGUAUAAAUUGUCUCCGUACUGCGUUGAUAUGGUUUUUUAUUUGAAUUCGUUAUGUCGGGGAGAAAAAAAAGGUGCUUGUCCACCUUUGUGGAAUGUAGAAGGUUAGUUUUUACUACGACGAAAGCUUGGAAAUGAACUGCCAGAAAGAAAAUCUCAUUUUUGCCAUCAAAGUCAUGUAGUGGCAUUUAUUCAUACCACAGCUCAGCUCGCUAAGCUGAUGCUAGAGACCAUGGCGCGGAAGUGUCAUAAACUGUUCAGCUGUUAACGUGUCGGAGAUGCUAGACAACCAUCUCCAUUCCAGUGAAAUGAGCGAUUUUGCAACAAUCUAACUAAACUGGUAUGGUCAAGAGAACCAAAAAAAAAGGAACUCUUUCCGUUACACACAAACAUGCACCAAAUUUUUACAACCCAUUUACAUGCUUCAUGAACUUUCUCGCAAUCAUCCGACGAGCGCGCAUCCUUGCCGUAACGACACAAAAUGGUGCCUCAUUUGCCAUCGCGAACGAACAUCCGUUGGAACUACCAUUGGAAAAUGGAUGGAUUAUCUUCUACACCCUUCAUUCGGCCACUCGUACACCACACUGGCACGGUACUGCACUUAAUCAUGUGCUCCGUGCGAACGGUUUUUAUGAUGAAAAGUAAACACUGUAGAACGGGAGAGAGAGAGAGAGAGAGAGAGAGAGAGAAAAAAAACUGUUCCAAAAGUGAUAAGAAAAGUUUUUACCCAUCCUGGUGCUGGUGGACGAAUUGACCGUGAUUUGCAUAGCAUUCGCACGCGGCCACUUCAGAUUGAUGAUGGUCGAGAUGGGAGACACACACACCCACACACAAAAGCGCAAAAUUGUAGCUCAAAACAUCGCCCAUGGGAAUGUGGGGGAAAACAAACUCGUCGAAAAGCGAUAACGAUUGGAGUUUUGUCGUGGAAUUUUUGGUUUUUUUUUUUGCCCAGCCAACCAACUUGUGAUCGUCCCUUGAUGAUGGAAUGGUUUUAGAUGGACCACUUUUAACAACCGACCGUUUUAAUUCGAGGGACGAGCGACGUGUCUGAUGGGAUUGAUUGUGAUUGUGUGGAAAGAAGAGUGAUUGGCCGUUAAGUAUAUUAUUAAUUUUAAUGUUUACAAAUACCGAUAAGAGAUCCCUUUUUGGAGGGGAAAAUUAGUUUGCAAACAAAAUUCAACUAAAUAAAAAAUAUUAAUUAAGGCUGAGUUUACAAAAUGUUUACUGAUAGUAGUUAAACUUAUUGAGCUACUAAAGAUUUAUCUCUUAUUGCAUUAGUUUAGUAUUAGUUUUCUCAUUAAAUUUCCUACCAAUAGUGUAGACAAUAGUUUCCUUAUUUUAUACAAAACUUUAUACAAGCCUUAUGUAAGCCUACGUUAUAUCAAACCAUAUCAUUACAGUAAACCGCCUAAAGGUAUGCAAUGUUCAUUACAAAACUCAAGUUUUAUGACUGUUUUAAUUCCUAUUGAUCCGUUUUAAAAUAUAUCUCCUCUUAGAAGGUUAUUAAUUUUUGAAUUAGACUUUCUAAACUGUUGCUUACCAAUAUAAUAACAAUAACACCAACCACCACCCAUAAUAAGACCAUGGCCUACUUUCAGCCGAGUAGCUCACUUUUCUUUAGUCACUUUUCCCAUUGGCCUUUUCACCAUCCUUACCGGGGUCCUCCCUUGUCUAGCUUAUUGUUUUGCUUGUAUCUGUGUAUCACCAUAUCUUUAACAAAAACAUCCCAUUUCAGACUUUGGUGUUUGGCAAAGCGUCAAACAUUCAGCAUGUCAUCGUGUACCUUUUUUUUGUACCACCCCCGUCAAUCAUGAAAUACCCUCGACGGUAGACAAACAAAAAAGGCCAAAGUGAUGACGUUUCGCCUAACACCAGCGGUCUCCGGUCCAAGCUUAACACCUGCCUGGUUUCAUUUCCAUUUCAUGCUACCGUUUGUGCUGCUAAAAUAGCGCCUGUAGCCGUUUGCUUUUAGUUUAGUGAAGAAGAAAAAAAUACAUCCCCGCUCCUUCCCCCAAAAUCCAACUGUAGAGCUUUAUGACAUACAAACGCCAAAAAAAAAGGCUCUACAGGCAACCAACCAUUUCGUUUCAUUUCCUCCUGCCUUGUCAUCGCAAUGCUGACUGAUUUGGAGAAUGCUAGUGUAAUUGAAUUAAUUUUCCAUUUCUCCCCAUUCGCGCAAUGGUGGUUCGCUACCGUUUUGUGGACGUUUACCGAAAUAAAAAAAACUGUCAUCAUUAGUAGACACCGGGAGAAGGACUCGCCUGUUACAGAUGGCGCUAGUAUCGGCAGUGAACAGACAGUGGAGAAGGAGCGCUAUUAAAAGCCACCGCACAAGCAACAGACACACACGGGGCACUAGUGAAGGUUAAAAGUAGUGCCAAGUCAAAAAAAAAAAUACAAAAAAGUGGAAAGAAAAUUAUUUCAAUUAAACUGAUUUAAAAGAAAACCUAACAACCCAAAAUGGCAGAAAGGAUUGAAAGUAACGUACACUUUCCUGCAAAAAAAAGUAAAAACUAAACGAAUCAACAAAUGAAACAUAAAAAAGGGGAAAAAAGCUCACCACACACCGAACGCAACAGUGAAUGAAACACGCCAGAACCGAUGACGAUGGUUUAAUUUCUAGUGUAAAUAUUUAGCUAGACACAGACGCCUACGGGGGUACGGGAUGAUUUCCAUCCGGGCGCUUUUCCAUCGAUCUGGACCGGGUGUGUCCAUCGCAAGCCUUCUGGGAGUUGAAUUAAUACCGUUUGCCGCCGGCAGAAGGAAGAAACGCCAACGGGCUGAUGAUAAUAAUUAGUGAAACGAAGCGGCCAAAAACGAUCACUUCUGACGAAUGACGGGGCCCCCCAUCCGUUGGGAUCAGUUUUUUUUUAUUUAUGCUAAUCUUUCUCCUUUUUCACGCCUGUAACUGUAAUUGGGAAAGGUACACUAGUGGAUUAAGUGGUACGGGAAGCGGCUGAUGAAUCGGAACGAAACGGAAAAACCCAAAGCGCCAUUCGUUCGUGCAAAUAGUAGACGCGCCAAUUAGUGGUGUAAUUGUUUAACUGAUUGCAGGCGGAAAUUAGACACAAAAAAAUCGAAAUAAAUUAUGUGCUAAUUGAAGAGCAGGAACGAAAUUUAGGUAAAUUAAACACUAAACCAAUGGACAUGAUAAAUUAAAGAUAAAUAAUUAUGCUAUCAAGUGUGGUGAAAAUAGGAUCCGUUUUGCUUUAAAUUAUAAUUUAAGAGACAAUAAAACGUUUCCCGGCUCCGUGACGUUUCUCACAGACACCCAUUCGUAGCCUUUUACCGUGGCAGGUAGUAUUUAAAAUCCAAUUAAAGCAAGCCUUGGGCACGUCCCGCUGUCACCAGCACCACUGACAGCUACUACCAUCAGCGGCUAUUUGAUUGUCAAUUUACAACGAGCACCAAUAAAAUUACCUUCCAAAAAUGUUCCUUCGUUUCCCGUUGGCAAACGGGUUCCUAAACCAGUCCUAACCGUUCUCGUGUGUAAGUAACACAUAAGCAGGUCGACUCAAGAGCAAAAAUAGUUACCGAAAUAGCAGAAAAAGGGUAGUGUUUUACUACUAAAGCAGCAAUGUUUUUCCCCCCCCAAAAAAAAGCGACUCAAUACCUAAAGAUACCUAGCCUAAGAUACAACCAUUGAUACAUUUGUAUAUGACACGGGACCACUUUGUGUCUUGUUUCGGUAAAUCCCUCCAUUAACCUUCGGCGGAAUGUUGCCCAAAGUGAAGGACACGUACAUGCAUAGAGUGUACUUCGUACGCCAACAUUAAAUGUUGAUUUUAUUUGAAAACUUUGACCGCUCACGACAAGCAGGAGAAAAAUAAUCGCUAGCUACAAAGAAGAAAACACUAGAAACGAUUCAUAUUCAAUAGUAUUUAGUCCCCAAAUGUAUGUAACCGAUGUCUUGUCUUGGACAGAUUUUGGGAAAGCGAGUAAAACUGAUAGAAGUUUUAAAAGUAAAUUAAAAUGGACUUCACUUUCGAAUGACUUUUACGAAAAGCUAACAUUUAACCGAACCGAAAAACCAUGUACUAGCAAACUGUAUAUAAAAAAACAUGUAAACUGUUCAUUGAAUGUCCAUAAGAUAUACUUAGUGUUAUCGGGGAGGGAAUGGGUUAAAGAAAAAAGGAACAUUUAUUACUAACGUUGGGCAUUAUACCUACGAGACUAGGGUCGUUAAAAAAACCAUGGAGAGCCCUAAAUAGCCCUGAUUCGGACGAUAUUCUAAGCAUGAACUAAGCAACUAAGCCUUAACACUACUCUCCUGCGAGUAUCCUUGUUAGAUCGUGUAAUGAAAAGAGUUUAUUCGAUGGCCACGAUGCUCAGACUCAGAAGAUUUAAAAAAGAAAGAGAAGAAAAAAAACCAAACACCAGUUACAUCAGCAAAUUCGUACAAAAAAAAUUAUCCAAAUGUUACUUCUAUGCACAGACUUGGAAAGCAAAACUGCGUAUAACUCUCUUCAAACCCUGUAAAACAUAUCUCUCUAGUUGAACGUAUUCUUUGUAUACUCUUUUAACAUCCUAUCGUUGUCUAGUGCUAUCGCAUCUAUCAUGCAUUUACGCUAUUACUCUUCGACUGCUGUCUAGUUAUCCUUCUAUUCCAAUCCACAACUGUCAAACUUCAACUACAAUGCUGUGUGUGCUCCCGGCACAGACUCUCUCUCGUCUAUCGUUGUUGUUUCCUGUGUCCUGUGUACAAUCUAUUGGCUUUCACGCACUACGCACUACACUAUACGCUAUCCUCGCACACACACUAAGUGGCAAACCGUUUUGCCGAAAGUAACUCAUUGUGAAAACUAUCAAAAACAUCGAGGACCAUUACUGUGAAACAAUUUCGUACUGUAGAAACAAACAAACAGAAAAAACAUUACAAAACAAAGAAAAAAAUACCAAACUGUUCAUGACUUUACUUCAUUGUGAUUCACGUUUUAUGAUACACAUUAGGGAAACCCCAAAAGGAAAGGAUAAAAGUAAAACAAAAAAAGUGGAAAAGAUAAAGUAUGUUACAAACAGUAUGUAACGUUUAGCAGUAGAGUUUAAAAUGACAACCAUGGCCCCUCCCGUCAGCCGGCUGGGAUUUGUAUGCGUACUUCUACGGAUCCGAUCCGAUCCGGAUCCGAAGUAACUGUAGAGAACGAUCCGGGUUCGACACCACUUUUCAUGGCACACUUUUAUGUAAAACCAACUACUCAAACUACUCAGCACUAUCCACCACUUCAGAUUGGUGGAACGCGUUACGGAAGAAAAUGGAAUGCAACAUUAAGAAAUAAAUAAACAGAACAAACCAGAUAGUAUUUUAACAA